CAACGUUAGGUAAAUAAUUGUAUGAUUUUCUUGAUCGAAAGGUUUUAUUAUAGCGCACAGACUGCUGUAUGUACAAGUAAUGGAGCUGCCCCAAUGGGAACAACUAAUCCCACAUUAUUCCUUAACCUUCCCAAACCCGAUUAGAUUGGAUAAUUUAUCGGCGCAGACGAAAGCCAAGUUCUACCGUGCAUAUCUCGGCGAUGUAGACUUCCUACUGAAAGAACUGCAAUACGAAAAUAAUAAAAACGAUUUUGAUGCCGUGGUUCGAGAGAAAAUCGAGACACUAAGGAAUCUUAGUCACUCAAAUAUGACGAAAUAUUUUGGAUUGGCAAUGCGGCAGGUUGCUGUUAACAGCCUGAUUCUCUACCGUAUUUCAACUGAAUACCAUACAGGUGGAGAUCUGAGCCAGUGGGUGCAAAGAAGACUAGCUGAUCCGAAUCAACAAACAAAAGCCACCCUGUUUACUCCACAUGCUAUCAUUCAAAAAUUUCUUCGGGAUCUAUUAGCUGGUCUCUGCUACAUCCACUCUUUCGGAAUAAUUCACUGCGACAUCAAACCGGAAAACAUUCUUCUGAGACAGCGCAAACGACACUCUCUUGUGAUCGUCGACUUCGAAGGUUCGGCAAUGAACGGGGAGCGGCAAGGCAGAGUACAGAGUGUGGAUUUUACGGCGCGAUAUGCUGCUCCCGAGUUGAUGCUGUGUGCGGCAAUGCUCGGAAAUGACUGUGCAUCAGCGGUAACGAUAUCUGAUAAAACCGAUAUUUGGAGUGUGGGUUGUGUAGCUAUACAGUUAUGCACAGGAGCGCAUCCAAUAAUACGGAAAUGGAAAGAACCGAUUGGUGCAAUGGAGGACUGGGAAGGAUCGUACGGCGAGCAGACUUUUACCCAGCGUCAGCAAAUAAUGUAUCAAGUUGCAGAGCACCAAGCACGACCAAAGAUACCAGAUUUGGGAAACACGACGGCGGACAUACUGGUGAUUAAUUUUAUGAAAUCCUGCCUGCAGUUUACCAUGGAAAAUCGCAGAACUGCAGUCCAGUUACUCAGUGACCGGCAUGGCUAUCUGUGCUACGAGCAAGAGUGAACCGCAUGUUCUUGAAGUACUGUAUAACGAUGAUCUUAACGUAUAAUAAUGAUUGAUCUUAAUGAGAUAACGCAUCGACCAUAAUUAGCGCUUCGAAACCAGUGUGUCAGCCAACAUGAAACACAUUAAUUUAUAGAUGUGUUGUACGUACAAAGUUGAGGAAUUUUUAAGUCGUGACCUUUGAAUAUUGGGCAGUUAUUUGCUGUUGCCCGCCGAAAGACAACGAAACUUGACGGCAUUCAUAAGUGCCGGGCACAAUUUUAGUUUUGCUUGCUAGCUGAGUAAACUUUUUCAAAUA